AUGGUGUCCUACGCCAUCCCGGGUAUUUUGCCCAAUGACCCGCUGGAUGUGCGCGCCCACGAGGAAAAAUUCCUGCCACCCUCGCCAGGUGCGUUUUUGGGUAGCGACCACCUGGGUCGUGAUGAAUUUAGCCGGAUCAUCGUCGGUUCUCAAAUUUCCAUCUACGUCGGAUUGCUCAGUGUGGGCAUCGGUGUGACUUUGGGAACACUAAUCGGCAUCAUCAGCGCCUAUGCCGGCGGCAUUAUCGACCUGGCGAUCCAACGGAUAGUUGACGCGAUGAUGGCAUUCCCGCCCAUCAUCCUGGCGCUGGGACUGGUUGCCGCCGUGGGCGGCUCGGCCAAUAACAUAAUCAUCGCGCUGGUGGUGAUUCUGUUACCAGGCACCAUACGGGUCAUCCGCGCCCAGGUGCUGAGCAUCAAGGAGCUGGACUACACCUUGGCGGCCACCGCGAUAGGCGCGGGCUCGUCACGAAUCAUGCUGAAGCACAUUUUGCCCAACGUGAUUGCCAGCUACAUAGUGCUGGGCACAAUCACGCUGGGGUUUGCCAUCAUCAUCGAAGCGUCCCUGUCCUUCCUCGGGGUCGGUGUGCCACCAGACAUUCCAACCUGGGGUACGAUGCUGACGCAAGGAGCUGGCGACAUCCGCAUCGCGUGGUGGUUGGCAGUUUUCCCCGGUAUUGCCAUCUCCGUCGUGGUGUUUUCGAUCAACUUCCUUGGCGACGCGCUGCGCGACGUGCUCGACCCCCGUUUGCGCGGGCGGUAA